UAGAAACGCUGAAGCACGCCAUUCUGUUUAUGAUUUCUAUUAAUGAUUGACGCUGCUGUUUAAAGCUAUUUUAAUGUCUGCCUUAUUUGUAUUAUAACAUAGUUGGGGAGGACAGGGGAGAAAGGGAGGACAGCUCCCUGUCUAGUAUUUGUCGCCUGUAGCUAGUUAUAGGUCUUCUUGAGGAAGCGCCAACAGACGGACAGCUGCGCGACUUCGCAUUUUCUAAUAAACAGCAGCACGAGCGAUGGCUUCGGCGUCACAUUUCUUACUGUAUUUUUCAUAAGGCGGCGAAGUCGACAUUGUGAAGGUUUUAUUCUGUGCUAGUUUCGUGGUUGCCGGCAUGACAUAGCAGCUACGACCAAGAGCCGCUUCGAUUAUGGGAACAUUCAGAUUUGAGGAACCCUGAUCCAAUUGGCUCCGGGACCGCACUACCAGGUGACCCUACAGCGGGUAGACGGGUAAGGAGACCCAGCCACAGCCUCCCCUGUCCAACAGUGCAUUGCACCGUGCCCACCUCCACCAUGUCCACCCCCAGCGGCAGCCCCGAGAGAGAGUGCUCCACAGGGGGACCCAACCAGCUGGAGUGUGCCCCUUCCUCUCCCCCUGGCAUGGACCAUUCCAUGGGCAGCCCCCUCCUCAGCCCAGACUCAUCUUGCCAAGAUGCCAUGCUCUCGGCCCCCGCUGCCUCCCCCGCCGACUCGGAGAGCCUGAGCCCUGACGAGCUAGAGCUGCUGGCCAAGCUUGAGGAGCAGAACAGACUUCUGGAGGCGGACUCCAAGUCGAUGCGCUCGAUGAGCGGCUCGCGGCGGAACAGCGGCUCGUCCCUGGUGUCCAGCUCCUCUGCCUCGUCCAACCUGUCCCACCUGGAGGAGGACACCUGGAUCCUGUGGGGACGCAUUGUCAACGAGUGGGACGAAUGGAGACGCAAGAAGGACAAGCUGCUCAAGGAGCUGAUCCGCAAGGGCAUCCCACACCACUUCCGGGCCAUCGUGUGGCAGCUGCUUGGUAACGCCACAGACAUGCCAGUGAAGAACCAGUAUUCUGAGCUGCUCAAGAUGUCCUCGCCCUGCGAAAAGCUCAUCCGCCGGGACAUCGCCCGCACCUACCCCGAGCAUGAGUUCUUCAAGGGCCAGGACAGCCUGGGUCAGGAGGUGCUCUUCAACGUCAUGAAGGCGUAUUCUCUGGUGGACCGGGAAGUGGGCUACUGCCAGGGCAGUGCCUUCAUCGUGGGCUUGCUGCUCAUGCAGAUGCCAGAGGAGGAGGCGUUUUGUGUGUUUGUGCGUCUGAUGCAGGAGUACCGUCUGAGGGAGCUUUUCAAACCAACCAUGGCUGAACUAGGCCUCUGUAUCUACCAGUUUGAAUACCUGCUGCAGGAGCAACUCCCAGAGCUAAACGUCCACUUCCGUUCUCAGAGUUUCCACACCUCCAUGUACGCCUCCUCCUGGUUCCUCACUCUCUUCCUCACCUUCCUCCCCAUGCCCGUCGCCACGCGCAUCUUUGAUAUCUUCAUGUACGAGGGUCUGGAGAUUAUAUUUCGUGUGGGCAUGGCCAUUCUGCAGUACAACCAGACUGACCUCAUCCAGCUGGACAUGGAGGGCAUGUCUCAGCACUUCCAGAAGGUGAUCCCCCACCAGUUUGACAGCUGCCCAGACAAGCUGAUCCUGAGGGCCUACCAGGUCAAAUACAACCCCAAGAGGAUGAAGAAGUUGGAGAAGGAGUACACCACAAUCAAGAACAAAGAGAUGGAGGAGCAGAUAGAAAUCAAGAGGUUACGCACAGAGAACAGGCUUCUGAAGCAGAGGAUUGAGACAUUGGAGAAGGAAAGUGCUGCUCUAGCAGACAGGCUGAUUCAGGGUCAGGUGACGCGGGCUCAGGAGGCGGAGGAGAACUACGUGAUCAAGCGGGAGCUGGCGGUGGUGAGGCAGCAGUUCAGUGUGACCAGUCAGAACCUGGAGAAAGCCCAGGACACCAUCGGAGAACUGCAGCGGGAGAAGUACACAGAGCAGUUUGUGACCGGUCUGCAGACCCAGCUGGAGCAGUCCCGGCUGCAGGAGGCAGAGCUACUGGGAGCCCUCAAAGAGAUGCAGGACAAAGUACUGGACCUAGAGAAGAGGAGCAGCUCUCUGCCUGAUGAGAACAACGUGGCCCAGCUGCAGGAUGAGCUGAAGCUGGUGAAGCUCCGAGAGCUGGAGACACUACACUCCUUCAGAGAGAUGCAGGACACGGUGACCGAGCUCAACCAGCGCUGGCAGCUCCACAUGUCAAAAGGCGGCGGGGGUGGAGGUCACUGGAAGGAAUCCCCCAAGAAGAACGCCCUGAACGAGCUGCAGGACAAGCUGAUGGGGGUGCGUCUGAGAGAAGCCCAGGCCCAGGCUGAACUCAGGGAGGUCAAACUCAAAGCCAUACAGCUGGAGAGCCAGAACCAGAUUCACAGCAAGCUGAUUGGUCGCCAUGAGGUGGAGAGCGCUGCCAUGCAGGAGAGGCUGCAGCAGCUGGCGGGCCAGAACAAGGGGCUGCAGGCCCAGCUCACCGAGAUGAAGAGGAAACAGGCCGAGCUCGACUGCAAGAGUAAAGAGGAGGUGAUGGCGGUGCGCUUGCGGGAGGCUGACAGCAUGGCCGCCAUGGCCGAGCUCAGACAGAAGAUAGCGGAGCUGGAGAUACAGAAGGAGGAGGGUCUGAUCCAGGGCCAGCUGAACCACUCUGACUCCAGGCAGUAUAUCACCCAGCUUCGAGACCAGAUCGGAGAGCUCAAGAACGAGAUCAGGCAGCUCCGCGGGCAGCGCUCCAAGUUCGCCCCUAGUUCCCGGGACGGGGGCGGGGGCUACCCGGAUCUGUGUCUAGCUAGCCCCUCGUCGGCCGGAGGCGACUACCUGAGCUCGGAUGAGGACCUUCUCCCCAGCCCCAUCCCCCCCAACGCCAUGUACCCCGCCCUGCCCCACCCCCACCCCUCGGCCAGGCUGGACAGCGAGGGCAGCACCGACAGCGAAGCAGAGGCCCACCCGGACCACCCCCACCACAGCCCCUCGCAGCAGCUCUACACUAGCAUGGUGUGUGCUGAGGUCCUGGACAACUGAGCCAUGGAGGUCCCUGGAACUACCUGGUCCUGACCUAGACUACUAAAGAUACUGUACUCUGCAUCUCUUUAGUAUUAGAGAUGCUGUACUCACCCCAACUUUACUGUACUACUGUUCUCACCCUAAACUCCGACUGUAACCUGUAACGGACAUCCUCCCCUCCUCCUUCGCGUUGGUGCCAUGGUCUCUCCUCUUUUUGUCAUUCUUUUCUCUCCAUCUCCCCCUUUUACUUCUCUCUUCACUCCUAUCUCUUCACUUAUCCCUCUCUUUAUCUCCCUCUCUCUCCCUAUAUCUCUCCCUCAAUCUCUUUCUCCUCUCCGCACAGAAAGCCGAGAAAAUAAAAAGGAUUGAAAAUUGACAAACAAAUUGCUUUCAACUUUCAAUACUCCAACCAUACCACACAGCAGUGACUAUGAGAUGCAUAGGACAUCGCUUUGAUGAAAUGAUUCCCCUCAAGUUUGGAAGGACUUCAAUAUGGACUUGGGAUCGGUAAAAUAUGAGAUGGAUGGAUGACUUGUUGGGCUUGACCCUAUUCGUACUGUACUGUCCCAUGAGCGAGAUGUGGAACAUGCUGUCUCCCUCCAUCUCUUUCUCUUUCCUCCUCCUUUUCUCUCUCUCUCUCUGUCUCUCUCUCUCUGUCAUUCCAUCAUUCCAAGAAGACCCAUUAGCCACCUGCACUGCCUGUUACAAUGGAAACAACCCUCCACUGUAACCUCACAAUGCACACUUCAAAAAAAUGAGAGCGAGAGGGAAGGAAGGAAGGAUAGCGGUAGGAAAAGAGGAGUAUGGUAUGGACUUGUACACAUCAAUAUCAUAGGGAUGUUACUAGAUGACAUCACAUGCAUAGAUCAAUAUUAACAAUUUACCUUACUGAAAUACGUUUGUUGUGUGUGUCUCAAUGCCUUGCAAAUGAAACAAGGCAAGUGAAUUACGAUGGCUCAUGUCAACAACAAAAAAAUCUCAACGUUGCCAAAUCUUCUUUUUUUUUCUGCUAUUAUUUAUGUUAUUUAUUUUAAUAUUUUUUUAUAUAUCUAUACAAAUCUAAAUAUAUAGAUAGAUACCAACGGCGGCCAAACUUUAUACACGCUGAGUUCCCUUGGUCCUUUGUGCCAACUUGAAUCUUGAGGCUGAGGUGUCAACGGACGGCGUCCAUGACGAUGCAUGUCAGAGAGACAGAACGAAUGCGCUGCUAUGAUUUUCCUUUUUUCUCCCAGUCUUCUUCUAUGUUAUGUUCUAUCUGCUCAACAUGCAGUUGAACUUUACACCCCUUAGGAAUCAGAGUGCGAAAACUACUGUGAAGAAAUUGUUGAAUGGUUAUGGCUAGACUUCAUAAUGAUGUCUCUACCUAUGACUUAUGAAAUACCCACACAUAAACAACUCCUUUAUAAUCUAUUUGAAAUGUGUUAAGGAAUUUUUAAACCCUAAAAGCAGAUAUCAACCCACAAGUGCUUGUAAGAGGACAGCAAUGGCUCAGUCAAUCAUUCAUUUUGUCUAAUGGUGAGGCUAGAGUUUGACUAGUUUGGGACGGAUUGGCAUGUGUCCGUCAAAAGGCUGUGUGAGUGACGGGAAGGUGUUUGUUGAAAUUGACCGAUCAGAGGCAAAAAAAUAUAUAAUUUCCGAGCUACGAGUGUACUGAUCAGAUCAUCAUAAAUAUCAUUAUCAAGUUGGACCAGGGUCAUCACUCUCUCUGUUGUUCUGUUGUUCUCGUCUCAGUCAUGGUACUAUAUGAUGAAUUAUCAAGACCUCUCCUUCUAGAACAGCCAACUGUGACAACACUUCCUCUUUCUACUGCCUGUUACCAAUAGGAUUUAGGAAUGGAUGGAAACAUUCAGUUGAACGUGUUGACUGAAAAUGUCUGACUAUCUGAUGCAUGCUGUUACUACAGCUUCAGAUGGCUAAAAUGCACAGGUUAACAGACUGGGAGCAGUAUUUUGCCUAGUAUAUACCUCACUGGCUAACUAUGUGGCAUAUCAUCCCAAUAGUCUUGAAUAUAUGACAAAUGCUUGUUAGAAUUAGCUUUAGCUUAGUCAUUAGGAGUGGGGAGACGAAUGCAUCGGCUUGGUGUCAUGUUUCCAAAGCAUUCAAAUGUUCUGUGUUUAUAUCAAUGGGACAGAGUUGAUCAUGGGAAUCGAUGAUGGCCAUCUAGAAAGAAGCUCCAUGUGGUUGCUUCCCCAAUGUCAAGGGGGAAAGGGUUCCAUACAAACUCUAUAUAGAUGGAAGGAAAUGGAAGGAGCGUUGUCUUACUUCUGUGGCAGACACUUCACAUAUCACUUUUCUAUAUUCUUACAACAGUGGAAGCGAAACGUAUGGAAUAUUAUUGAAUUAUACAAUAUGACAACCUGAAUGAAAGUAUUAAUAUAAAUAUAUCACAAUAAUAAUUGAGUUGAUUUGCUGAGGCAGACUGCAGGGGAUGUGUGGUAAUAUAUUCAAUAGGGUGUUAUAUAGAUCCUAAGAUUCUAGAUAUAGAUUCUAAAUAUAGAUCCUAAGAUUCUAGAUAUAGAUCCUAAAUAUAGAUUAUAAGAUUCUAUAUCUCCUCUUGACUUAAAGCAGUGAGUGCUGUUCUGGGAAUAUGGGAGUGGAUGCUUGGAGUGGUUAGUGGCACAAGCUAAGGCUCUGUCUCAUGUCAGUAUUAGUGAGCACUUGUAAGGUUUCUUGGUAGUAUUAAGGUACUGUAUAAUGCUAUGCCACCAAGCCUAUGCAUCCCAACUUUGUAUCAUGCUUUCUGUUUUCUUAUGUUCAAAUUAUGCCAUGUACUCAGAUUUGGUGUGUGCCUGGCUUUUGUCGCACAAUGAUGCUGGAUGAAGGGGGAACCUGUCACCAACUGCCAAGGAAAUAAGGGAGCUCCUCCAAUGGGGUUCCGCUGCCAUGUAGCCCAUCUUUCGCUCAGUCAAGUAUUACAAAUAACCACCUUUUUAGAGGUUAAACCAGUGCAGCAGCUGAAAUCACUGUUCUCUGGUGUAACAUCCUGGACCAGUCAGUUAUGGCAUUACUUUAGCAAUGGGAUAAGUUCGGAUGCCAUGUGUUGAGUCAACCUGCGGUAGAGUAUAGUCUUGGUCAGUGGUGGAAAAAGUACUUGAGUCAUACCUGAGUAAAAGUAAAGAUACCUUAAUAGACAAUUACUCAAGUAAAAUACUACUUGAGUAAAAGUAUUUGGUUUUAAAUAUACUUAAAUAUCAAAGGUAAAGUAUAAAUCAUUUCAAAUUCCCUACAUUAAGCAAACCAGACGGCAUCAUUUUCUUGCUUUUUUUAUUUACUGAUAGCCAGGGGCACACUCCAACACUCAGACAUCAUUUACAAAUAAAGCAUUUGUGUUUAGUGAGUCCGGCAGAUCAGAGACAAUAGGGAUGACCAGGGAUGUUCUCUUGAUAAGUGUGUGAAUUUUACAAUUUUCCUGUCCUGCUAAGCAUUCAAAAUGUAACUAGUACUUUUGAGUGUCAGAGAAAAGUUGUCAAAUAUAAAUAGUAAAGUACAGAUACCAAAAAAAACUACUAAAGUAGUACUUUAAAGUAUUUUUACUUAAGUACUUUACAGCACUAUUAGACAGUGUCUAAUUUACACAUAACACAAACAAUAUACUGCUGUUCAGAGAUGGUGCUCGGACGCGGAGUUCCCCAGUGUCCCAACUACAACUGGUAUAACUGUGACUAAAAUAUUUUUUGAUACACAUGAAGAUGCCCUCUGAUUCAGUAUUUGUCAUCCAUGUAGUUUUAUGAUUAGCGUUGGUAUGGAUAUUCUUUGAUCUGAACUAAGAUCAUGUUUAAAAUCUUAGGGUGUGCGAAUGGUAGGGUUCCAUGUUUAAAUCUUAUAUAGUGCCAUAAUGUAGGUAGAUUUAUACAUAGUAUAUAAAUUACAUGUAUAUCAAAUGCAAUUUUCAUAGACAGUUCAGCAUAUUCACUCUGGUUUAGGGUGGUGUUCACCAAAAAUAUCUCAAAGGUGAAGGUCACUGUUGAGCUAGGACUGAAGGUUCCCCAAUAUGUUUAAGAUUUAAAAAAAAAUAUAUAUAGAAUGAAACUGGAACACUACUGCCAUUGUCUGUGUCUCGAAGAAGAAAGAAACAAAACAUGGAGACUCCCCCUUAUGGACGGUGUCCUCAUGCAUACCCUGGGUUGUAUUAAUUAGGGCACACAAUGUAAAAUAUUUUAAAACGUUCUGCAACAGAAAACAAAAAAUGGUGUUUCUUAUUGGACAAGUCCAUGGUUUCAGUCCCUUUUCUUCCGUUUGGUGCCUCAAACACAACCCUGGUGUAGGACUUCUCUCAUGUAUGUAACAGCAGGUCGGUAUCCACUUUACUCCCUCCAACCUUGUUCACUCUCUCUUGCAAUUCUACCAAUGUGUUGUCAAGUAUAUUAAUGACAGUAAUAAAGAUGAUAUUAAUGACAUUAUGAAAACA